CCACCGAGUUGAGGUCAGAGCAAAGAGCUAGGGGUCUCCGCUGACUGAAAUUUCAAUAUGGCAACCGUUGUAAUGUCUGCAUGAGUUUGUGUGUUGAAAAUGUUUUGAAUAUCGUAACGUAAUCGUGACAACCGGUCGACGUAUCGUGCAUAGGCCUGACUGGUGUGGGUUGCCAGUCACCGCGCCGCCAGCGCUGAACUUUGCCAGUAGGGUAGUAAAUUAGCUAAUAGGUAUUCGAACGCAAUCGACGAUCCUGCGACAUUAGGCGGGCUUAGAGGCCAUCGACGAUGGGAAAACAAAACAGCAAACUCAAGCCGGAAGUGUUGGAAGACCUCAGACAAAACACCGAGUUCUCGGAUGCCGAGAUCCAAGAAUGGUACAAAGGUUUCUUCAAGGAUUGUCCGAGCGGCCACUUGAGUGUGGAGGAGUUCAAGAAAAUUUACGGCAACUUCUUUCCGUACGGCGACGCAUCGAAGUUUGCAGAACACGUGUUUAGGACGUUCGACGCGAACGGGGAUGGAACUAUCGAUUUUCGGGAGUUUCUUUGCGCCCUGAGCGUCACAUCCCGUGGUAAACUUGAACAGAAACUCAAAUGGGCAUUCGGCAUGUACGACCUGGACGGUAACGGAUACAUCUCGCGGCAAGAGAUGCUGGAAAUAGUGACGGCGAUCUACAAGAUGGUAGGCACCGUAAUGAAGAUGCCGGAGGACGAAUCGACGCCGGAAAAAAGAACGGACAAGAUUUUCCGGCAAAUGGAUAAAAACAAAGACGGGAAACUUUCGUUAGACGAAUUCAUCGAGGGAGCGAAGAGCGAUCCGUCCAUAGUACGGCUGUUGCAGUGCGAUCCGCAGGCCCAGUGAGUGCUCGGGCCCGACAAGAUCGUGCGGCUGACCGCGACACGCGUCCGGAGCCAGGCCCAGUGGCACCCGGUCAUCCCGAUAAGUUGAAACCAACGCAGCGGAGGGGUAAGAACCCGUGCCUCCUGCCCUAACUUCUCCUUCUUGUUCUCGAUAUUCUUCUAUAAUUCUAUUCCAUCUACGUUUUCGCAUUUCCCUCCGGAAAUUUGAAAACCUUGAGCGGCGUUGUUUGGUACGCACAGAAAACGAUUUCGCUGGUGAGCGCAUCAUAAUUUUUGUAAAAUGGCUUCCGGAUAAAAAUAUUAAAAAAAUAUGAUAUCCACGUGUCACCGGUACAUCUCCACAUCUCUAAUUCAAUCCUUACACGUUAUGAAUAAAUUUUAUGGACAAGAAAACUAACGAUAGUUAGCGAUCAAAAUUAUUUUCUCGCUUCCAAAUGCUGAUCUUCCAAGUUCCUCGAACGGCAAUUGUUCAAUGAUAUAUGAAUUGUGAAAGAUAAUCGUGUCUUUGUGUCGCUUAUUUUCAAAACUUACCUUCCUCUUCUUGCAUCUCUCUAUAACUUGUUACUUUGACUUGUCGGGUCGCCGUUCCCGCAUAGGUACGUACAAAUGUCUGUCGCAGUUGGGUCGGGCCCGACCAUCCGGGAGGACUUCCGGGCCCACGACGCAUGCACUGACCGCUAGCUAUAGAUGGUUCAAGUCCCGCUCUGACGAGAAGCAAAAUAAUCUCGAUAAACACGAAUUGACAAAACGGGGUAUUACGUAUUGCGAGGAGAGUUCCGCAGCAUGCAAUGUCAAAAGUAUCGACCGGGGUUCGGAUAAUGUAAAUUUAAAAGAAUAUUUUUCAUCCAAUCAUGGAUCCAAAUGGUGCCUAUGUUUCUCGAUCGCGAAGCUACACCUGUGAAUUUACCCGAUGACGUAACCGCCGAUAUUCCGUGUGGCUUUCGGUCGUUGCUUCGCAACAUGCAGCGGUAAUUCACCACCGACGAGAGACUAGCUUAUCGUUAGUUUUCAAAUGAUACCAGCGAGCUUUUCAGGCACCCCGUCGCCCACCAAAUCCAUGCCUCUCGAGAAGCUGGAUGCCCGAAGCGGUGUUGUUUCCGAGUAGGAAAUCCGCAGUGAUUUUUUAUGGCCAGAGGAUACACGUAUAAUUAUAUGUAAAAUUAACCGAUCGGGACGAAGAGGACCGCGAAUCCUUUCCACUUAAAUUCAUUUAGGAAUUCCUCGACCGAACCGACUACGGGUCAUCGGCUCAUUGUUUUUGUGUCGGAUAUCUUCUGUACUCAAAUUCACAGAUGUACUUCAGGCUAAUCGCAAGUGAAAACGAUCAUCCCCGUAAACGUGAAGUGAAAAGUGGAAUUUCAUUUUAUCUCCAUGUUCCGAUCAACGUUUAAAGUUAUCCUAACUCGAGACGAGAUGAAUCAAAUUUUUCCAACAUUACAGAAUUUUCCGUAACAAUUCCAAUAAAGAAAUGUGAUAACACUUGGUCUUGCAAUGGGAUCCCGAGCUGCUCGCUCGCAUCAGCUGAUAGUUAUAUCAACUACAAUUUCCAUAUUUCCUCCUGGGUGAUGACGAUCACCCACUGUCGCUUAUUGCGAGAAUUAUACACAUAGAGGAUGAUGAAAAUCAUGAAUCAUUUUCCAAUAGAAAUCACGUUAUGAAAAUAUUAGCGAGUCCUGGUGGGUGUCACAAAAAAAAGUAUGCAGAACGACAAGGAGAUCGUCACACACGUCGCAGUUGACGAUUUAUUUUUUGUUGCGUGCGACAGAUGAAAGAAUACCGAUAAAGAUUAUUACGUGAAUAUAAAUACUGACCUAAAGAACCUGAGCCGUUGUCAUUUGUGUAGCGCUGAUUAUUAACUGUAAAAAUACUAAAAGUGCGUUGCCAACAAAUAUGUGAAAAGUUAGCAAUGUACAGUUAUUAUAAUUAAUACUUUCAUCGUCGUCAUCAUCAUCAUCACCAUCAUCAUGAUCAUCGUCGUCGUCGUCAUCAUCGUUAUUAUCAUCUUCAGAAUAAAUAGGCGGUUAUUAUUUUUCGGAAUAUUGUCAUAGUUUAUGCCGUAUCUUGAGAGCGUUACGCCUUAUACCAGGUAAAAUAAUACGAUUGAUAGGUACUACAUACUAAGAUUGUAGGAUAAAAAAAAAUUUGGGCGUAAGUUUGACUUUGUUUUGUCGUUGCUCUUACACAUUUUCUCGUUACCACUUGACUCUUAUUAAAUCACUAUCUAACCUUUGUAAAACCUAUUCUGAUAUAACUAUAUAAACUUACGCUGUCCAGGCGUCGUGAGAUGACCAAAUUAACGCUCAUUAUUACCGCGCCAAUCCUUUUCGGCUGUACCUAGUUAAUUAGAGCACUUACACAUACAUGAAUAUUACAGUAUAUUGUACUAUAUUAUAUUAUAUCGUAUAUGAUAUCAUAUAUGUAUAUCUCCUUUCAUAACCGAUACAUUUGUUCAUUUCUUGCUCAUUAUUGAAUAAUUGAUCUACCAAAUUAUAUUAUACUCUACUACUUGAUGAAUCAUUGAGGAUAUUAGAUGAUAACAAUAAAGAAAUUCAAUCGCUAAAGCAAAUUUGAUGUGAGUUAUUAUUAUAAACUAAUGUAUUAGACAUAUUACAUAGAUGUGACGAAAACAAAAUAAUAAAAAGAAAAAAAACGAACAAAUUGUGAUUUGGCCUGUAUGCCUGUAUAAUUACGUCAAGCUAAAAAAAAAAAAAAAAAGAUACAUUAUAUAUAUCAUUCAUAA